UAUCACGCGUUAUCGGUAUAGAAUGUUACAUAUGUUAAAAGCCAGACGUUUUCCGAAAUGACUGAUCCUGACAAGUGUUGUUUACUGUAGCAGUUGCCAUUACGGUUGCUGUGGACCCAUCAUACUCACGCGAACAGGAUUUGUGACAUACAGGCAGCUAAAUAUAAUUAAGAAUUUGCUGGAAAAUGAUUCCUAUCAGAUUGAUUAUUAGAUUAGGACUUCUCCCCCUACUACUGCGGCUGGUUAUCAACUCAAAAGGUGUACAAUCACAAAGUGUCGCGUGUCAGGAGAACUGGGCAGUCUAUGGAAAUCAUUGUUAUCGGGCAAUACCUUACCUAACAAAAUCAUGGGAAGAUGCAAAGAAUGAUUGUCAGAGCUAUGCCAGCAACCUCGUCAAAAUAGAAACCGCAGACGAACACUUGUGGCUGAGGAUUUUCUCGAUACAAUCUGAUUAUUCUUGGAUUGGAGCAAAUGACCGUGAUAAAGAGGGUGAAUGGCGAUGGAUCUCUGACAACUCUACAGUAACAUUCACAGACUGGAAAGCGGGUGAACCUAAUGAUGUCGGUGGUGACGAAGAUUGUGUUAUCAUGGGCAUUCACUGGAAUGAUGACAACUGUACCAAAGAAAAUUCAUUUAUUUGCGAGAAAGAAGGUGUACAAACACAGAGUGUCGCGUGUCAGGAGAACUGGACAGUUUAUGGAAAUCAUUGUUAUCGGGCAAUACCUAAUCUAACAAAAUCAUGGGGAGAUGCACAGAAUGAUUGUCAGAGCUAUGCCAGCAACCUCGUCAAAAUAGAAACCGCAGACGAACGCUUGUGGCUGAGGAUUUUCUCGAUACAAUCUGAUUAUUCUUGGAUUGGAGCAAAUGACCGUGAUAAAGAGGGUGAAUGGCGAUGGAUCUCUGACAACUCUACAGUAACAUUCACAGACUGGAAAGCGGGUGAACCUAAUGAUGUCGGUGGUGACGAAGAUUGUGUUAUCAUGGGCAUUCACUGGAAUGACGACAGCUGUACCAAAAAACAUCCAUUUAUUUGCGAGAAAGAAGGUUAGUCAUAGUUUUUAUCAGAUCUGAGAAAAUACAAACUGACAAUCAUUUUAAUGCGGAUAAAUAUGGUACGUCAUAGUAUACACCUACCGUCUACUGUUAAAAUGCUUUUGGUCGAGGUUAUUUUUGAUAUUUCCAUUUUCAUUUCUAAUUUCUAUGUAAAUAUGGUUCUGGUUAACAAACUCCCCAAUUUGCAAUUUGUCAAAUAUUUACUAUUGAAAAAUUUCACAGUAUACUUCACAAAUAUAGUACUCGAUAGGUGUUGCCCUUGUGCUGAUGACAAUUUUACAAAUGUUUGUACAAGUAAAUACAGUGUAAGAUGACAUAGAUUAAACAUGACACAUAAAUACUUGUCUAUACAUGUGUGUUUGAUGUUUUGUACGUCCUUUGUUGAUCACGUGAAUGUCAUGUGUCCUGUCCUGAGCGUAAUGCCCACAUGUAACGCACUGUCGCGUUGUGCAUGAAAUGUGUUUGUAAAAGUACGUUGUUACCCGUCAAACCUGUUUGGUCAUGUCUCAUGUGGCUGUUUUGCUGGUGAGAGUGAUGUGAGAGAAAUAUCAGAUCUAGACUAACGGUAUCAGAUAUUAGGUGUCGGUACCAGAUGUAACAUAACUUACAGUGAGCGUCCACAGUGGCAAUUAUGUCAUGACUGGGGUUAACUGAACAGACAAGCAAAGGUAAGUGUUUAUUCAAAUAUAAACAGUACAUUCACCAGAUUCUAUUUUCGUAAAAGUAAUUAAUUAGUUCCAUUGUUUUGGGCAUACAUUGAUUUCAUUCUUCCAAAAUGUCAACAAUAUUUGCACGUAAGGUACACGACGAUUUGUCGUUUUAAUUGCUUUAUUAGCCAUUUUGGGGCAUAUAUUGAUUUCAUUCUUCCAAAAUGUCUACAAUAUUUGCACGUAAGGUACACGACGAUUUGUCAUUUUAAUUGCUUUAUUAGCCAUUUUGGGGCAUAUAUUGAUUUCAUUCUUCCAAAAUGUGUACAAUAUUUGCAUGUAAGGUACACGACGAAAUGGGAACCCUGUCCAAACGGUAGGGCAGAAUAUCAAAAGCAAACGUCUAAUUACAUAUGAAUUGCUUUACUUGAAAGUAACGUUUAUGUUGUGUUCUGUAAUUCAUUUGCUUUCUAAAUAUCAUAUGGUUGUACAUGUACAUGUAUGUACCCCUUUCCUAACAUUUCUGUUGUAUGUUGAUUUUCUUUUUUUGUUGGCGCUUAAUAAUCACCAAUGUUACGAAGAACUGAUCGGAGAGCGACAUAUAUUUUAACCCGUGAACGUUUGGUCUGAUAACACAGUCCCGCUUGAUUGACACACUAUUCCUACCAAGAGGACAUGUAAAGAAAUAACAGUAGCAAGAAAGCACACACUGUUCAGCGGAUUUAAAGUGUUGGAUGUGCUCUCGGUAUAGGGAUCUGCAAAGUCUGCUUAGCACACCGGUAACAGCGAGUGUUCUAUUCUAUUACAACCAACUUUGCACGUACUUUAUACCACUUUGUCUGCAGAUCACCUGAUAUGAUGAUAUUCUGCGCAUUAUCUGGAAGGGAUUAUAUACGAUAUAUUUUCGAAACCACUUUCUACUGUGUCCUCGAUGGUUGCCAGCCUCGAGGAGAGGAAGUUUGAUUUUCAAAAUGUCUUUUGAAGGAACGGUCACACACAAAACGUUCAUAUUUCUAUGAGACAGUGGAAUUUUAUUUCAAACAUAUUUCACUGUCAAUUUAUGUAUAUAUCUAAUGUAUUUUCGUGUAGAUAUAAGUUGUAAUAAAGGUAUCAUUUUUAUGAUUAUACAUAUAUCAUAUUGGUCAUCUGUUGGCGCAGGUUCAGCGUUGAACUCGAGACUACUCUGUACUUGCCUUUGAACACAGGUUUUCGGAAACUCCGGUGUUUCCUGGGCGGUAGUUUUAGUCGAUGACAGUGUACAGAGUAAAUUUCGACUACUUUACUCACACAUGGAGUUUUAUCUUUGUCAUAGGCUGUAGAAUCAAAGAACUUAAGAACCUAAGAAAAGAGUUGCAUUUCAUAAUAAGAAUACCACAUUUGAAUUCGUUGUUUCAUGCUAAAUGCUUACCAUGAUCUAUAGAUUAAAUUGGACGUACCAGCAAAUAUAUGUUGUUUUGGUGCGUUUAAAUGGAGAAAAGGUGCAUAUUUUGAAAUAUCUCAAUAGUUUCUUUUUAAAACGAAUGAAUUUUGUUUAUAUAUGAUUGAAUUUUAUGUACACAAUUUGGCUGCAAUAAGACCACUUUUCAAAUUAUGCACUCUCGGUUUAAAAAGCUAAAACUUAAGUCCUAUUAUUCUUAUUAUUAAUGACUGCCAGGUUACGUAUUUUACUUUUUAAUCUGUAAAAAUAAUUUCUUUAUAAUAAUAAAAAUUCCCGGCGAACAUUUUGAUGUCUAUUAAGGGAAAAUGCUUAUGCAACGUUUCAAGGUAAUUAAAUAUGAAGACCUAUGAUACACAAACUCAAAUGGUGUUGUAUAAUGUUUUCAUUAAAAUCGCGACAAACCCAGUUUUUUUUUAAAGUAGGUCGUUUACAAAAGGCGUUAUUUUCUAACCGUGAUAUUCGAACCACAUUCAACGAUCUGCAUGAAUCUGUGGUUAUGUAGGCAAGAAAAGCAUCUUAUAAAAUCUUCCUUGUCUGCAAACACAAUCACUUUUUCAGUUUGCAAAAUAAAAAAACAAACUCAAUUGGGUUAAUAGUCAUGGACACUGUUCCCAAACAUUUUCAGUUUAUGCCCUGUGAACUUGUCUCGAUGGUAUUGGGUUUCAAAAUUCAUAAGAAUUCUGAAAAUCAAGUCGUAGAGUUUUUAUUACCAAUUUAAGCAAGGUGACAAUGGUAUUUUGACACUAAAUAUUCUUGUAGAAUAAUAGAAUGCAGAUAUUUGAGAUUUUUUAAACAUUUUCCAAAGACGAUUUUUUUAAUACUUAGAGACUUUACUCAAACGCUUUAUCUAUACCCUACAAUUCCUCAUGACAAACUUGUGGAAAUUUUCAUUCUUCGACAUGUAUUAUAAGUUUCUGUUCCAAGAAAGGCGAACAGCAAUAUCAAUGAAAUUCUGAAACCAAACAAAAACAGUAGCAAAGUGAAGCCCUACUUCAAGUUAUCAUUGGAAAGAGAUUCUUGAUGCUUAAUAAAGAUUAUAAUGCGCAAGGUCAUUUCUUUGUGCUAUUUAUAGCAGCGCCUGAACCCAUAAAUCGACCUUUCUGUCGAAGCUUAGCUUAUUAUCACAUUUUGGCCAAACGAUGUAUUUUGUGAUGGUAAAUUGUAGUGCAUAAUUGUAGGUUCGAUAC